AUGGUUAAAAAAGACGAUGAAGUCAGUGUUUCCUCGGAAACCAAAGGUCCAUUAAAAAGUUUUCAAGCAUUGAUGGGCGAAGGUGAAAAGUUUUCUCGAGAUAAGCUCUAUACCAAAGCUAUUCAAUCUUAUACUGAGGCACUCAGCCUUUUACCAAUUGAUGAUGAUAAAUCAACAGCAAAAGAUAUUAAUGAUCGAUUAAAUGGUCUAGUUGCUCGAUCAGCAUGUUACUUGAAAACUGGAAAAAAUAAUUUAGCAUUACAAGAUGCUGAAGAAUCAUUAAAAAGCAAUAAAGAAUUUACCAAAGGUCUAUAUCAAAAAGCUGAAGCUCUUUACGCAAUGGGUGAAUUUGAAUUAGCAUUAAUGUUUUAUCAUCGUGGUAAAAAACUUCGAGGAGAUCUUCGAGAAUUUCAAUUAGGUAUCAAUAAAGCCCAAGAAGCUAUUGAUAAUUCAGUUGGAGAUCCAAAUCGUGUUAAACUUGAAGCAAGUGGUGACUUAUCGAUUUUUUACAAAAAUGAAGAGAAAAAGAAACAACCAGUCGGUUAUGUACGUGCAUCACAAAAGAAAGAUACAACUGUUCAACGUAAACCUCAUCCACCACCAGCUAAUCCAAAAACAACAAAACAACUUCUAGGUGAUCUAUAUGAAGAUCGAUGUUUUCUCGAUAAAAUUGUCAAUAAUACAACUGUUACAAAACAAAAUACAAAAUCUGGUGAUGCUAUUUAUCAAUUAGCAUCUGAUGGAAUUGAUUAUUUGGAUAAUCGAACACAUUUCUGGCGUCAACAGGAACCACUUUAUGCUCGUUCAAAAGGCUCGAAAAAACCGGAAAGUGAUGAUGAAAUUUACAAUUAUAUUCAUCGUGAACUUGAAGCAAUUGAUGAACAACAAAAUAUGGAUCAAUUUGGUGAUGCACGUCGUCGUGCACAUCGUUUACUUGAUUUCUGUGAAAAAUUAGAUGAAAAUAAAUUUCCAGAAAAACAAUCUGUACUUGCCGAUGUUUAUUCACGUUUAGGCAAUGCAUACUUAGAAUUAGGUGAUUAUAAUAAAGCAUUAGAUUAUCAUUUCCGUGAUUUAACAAUUGCCGAAAAAAAACAUUAUACCGAUCGAUCAUCACGUGCAUUGGAUAAUUUGGGUCGAGUAUAUGCACGUAGUGGACAAUUUGCACAAGCUAUUCAAGUAUGGGAAAGAAAGAUACCAUUAGCAUCAUCACCAUUAGAAAAAGCAUGGUUAUUUCAUGAAAUUGGUCAAUGCCAUUUUGGACUUGGUGAUUAUGAACGAUCAAAACGUUAUGGUGAACGAUCAUAUGUUGAAGCUGUUGCUGUCAAUGAUCCAGUUUGGCAAUUAAAUGCUAAAGUACUUGUUGCACAUAGUCAAGCAAAAUUAAGACAAUAUCGUGAAGCUGAACAAACAUUUGAAGAAGCACUUACUUUAGCUAGAGAUCAACAUGAUAUGGCUGCUGAACGAGCAAUAGAACGUGCAUUAAAAGAUGUUCGAGAUCAAAUAGCUAAAGGAGCAGCUGAUUCUCCACCUGAUCGACCAGAAACAACUUAUGAAAUCAAAAUCAAAAGUGAUGAUACUAUUGAAUAUAGUGAUGAAGAUAAAGGUGCAGUUCAAUUAACUAUUUAUGGUGCUGAUGGAAGUUCAGGCUCAAUUGAUUUACGUAAUGAUGACAAGAAAUUUGAUGGGCAAUCAACAACACUUAAAAAGAAAGCAAUUGAUGCAGGAAAAGCAACAAAACUUGCAUUGACCUGUAGUAAAAUUGAUUCAUGGCCACUUGAUUCAAUUGAAAUUUCUGAUAGUACAAGAAAAUCUAAACAGAAAUUUUUACUAGCUCAACCAAUUGAUUCAAAUACAAGUAUUAUUGAUCUAUAUCCAGAAGGAUCCAUUGUGAAAUUUCCUUUUGAUACACAACAACAACCUGCAAGAAAAAAUAAACCCAAAUCGGCACAAGGAGCUACUGCAAAUGAUGCAAAUAAACCCGCUCAAUAUUUGGUUAGUGUUAAAACCGGUUCAGCAAUGGGAUCAGGUACUGAUGCACAUGUAUUUAUCACCCUUAAUGGUGAUAAACAAAAAAUCACUCGACAUCAACUUGAUGUACCUGAAUCAGGUCGAAAUGCAUUUGAAAAGAACUCUAAAGAUGAUUUUAAAUUCACUGAUGUUGACGUUGGACAAUUGAAAACCAUUACUCUUGAACAUGAUAAUUCUGGUACAGCUUCUGGCUGGUUUGUCGAUUUUGUUGAAGUCACAGUCAAUGGAAAAACCACUAAAUUUCCUGUUAAUCGAUGGCUUGAUGCAGAUGAAGAUGAUAAACGCAUUAGUCUUGAACUUGAACCAAAUAAAAAACCUGGAUCCAUGGCUCAAGCUGAUAAAUCAAAAAAUGCAAACAAUGUUGAUUAUGAAGUAACAGUUAAAACAGGCGAUAAACGAGGAGCAGGAACUGAUGCAAAUAUAUACUUAAGUAUAUAUGGCGAUAAGGGCAAAAUUGAACGAAAUCAAUUAAAAGAACCAAUGGAGCAUACUGUGAAUAAAUUUGAAGCUGAUGCAACAAAUCGCUUUAAAAUAAAUGGAGCAGAUCUCGGAAAAAUUCAACGAGCUCAUAUUGAACAUGAUGGUACUGGAAUUGGUUCUGGUUGGUAUCUAGAUUGGAUUGAAAUUCGUGAUAUUGCAAACAAGAUAACCUAUAAAUUUCCGGUUGACCGAUGGUUAGAUCGGGGUGAAGGAGAUAAAAGAAUUGCACUUGAUCUUGAACCAGAUAAAAAACCUGGUCAAUUAGGAGCACCUAAAACUCCAGAUACAACAGUAUCUCAACAGCCUGCUAAAGCACAAGCGAAACCAACUACAUCUGAUUCGAAUAAAAAAGUUUCCUAUUUGGUUAGUGUCAAAACUGGUCCAGAAAUGGGAUCAGGUACUGAUGCAAAAGUAUUCAUCACUCUCAAUGGUGACAAACAAAAAAUUGCUCGACAUCAACUUGAUGUACCUGAAUCAGGUCGAAAUCCAUUCGAAAGAAAUAAUAAAGAUGACUAUAAAUUUGAUGAAGUUGAUGUUGGACAAUUAAAAACAAUCAUUCUUGAACAUGAUAAUUCUGGUUUAGCGUCUGGUUGGUUUGUCGAUUUUGUUGAAGUCACCUUUAAUGGAACUACCACCAGAUUUCCUGUUGGUCGAUGGCUCGACAAAGACGAAGAUGAUAAACGCAUUAGUCUUGAACUUGAACCAAAUAAAAAACCAGCAUCAAAAUCUAAUAAUGCUUCAAAAAAUCCAAAUGCUAUCGAAUAUGAAGUAACUGUUACAACAGCUAAAAAACGAGGAGCUGGAACUGAUGCAAAUGUUUACUUAAGUAUAUUUGGUGAUAAAGCUAAAAUUGAAAAAAAUCAACUGAAAGAAACAGUUGAUCGUAGCAUGAAUAAAUUUGAAUCUGGUUCAGUAGAUAAAUUUCAAUUAUAUGAAACAGAUGUUGGAAAGAUAAAAACAAUUCGAAUUGAACAUGAUGGUGCUGGAAUGGGUGCUGGUUGGUAUGUAGAAUUAAUCGAAAUUCGUAUUGUACCACGCAAUGAAAUUUACAAAUUUCCAAUUGAUCGAUGGUUGGAUUCAGGAGAAGGAGAUAAGAGAAUUUCACUCGAUCUUGAACCAGAUAAAAAACCUGGUCAAUUAGAAGCACAAGCGAAACCAACUACAUCGGAUACAAAUAAAACACAACCGAAAUCAACUACAUCGGAUACAAAUAAAAACAACACAUCUGAUCCAAAUAAACGUAAACAAAUCUAUGAUAACUACUCUUAA